AUGCCCACGUUUGGGAAGUUGGACGGGUACAACGAAACUAAAGAUUGGCGCUAUUACAUCGAGCGUGUAAACCAUUUCUUCGAAGCGAAUCAAAUCACAGACCCUGGCAAGAGGAGAUCCAUUUUUCUGGUUUGUGUGGGAGCGAAAACGUAUAAACCUGUGCGAAAUUUGGUUGCCCCGGAAGAUCCAAAGGAUCAAAGCUAUGAGGAUUUAGCAAAACUCCUCCAAGACCAUUUCAUACCUAAACCUUCCGCUAUUGUUCAACGAUUCAAGUUUAACACACGCUCCCAACAACCAGGUGACACCAUUACAAUGUUUUUAGCUGAAUUAAGACACCUGAACACUGAACACUGUGAAUUCGGAAUUACGCUAGAUGAGAUGCUUCGUGAUCGGCUGGUGAGUGAUGUUCGUAAUAUCAGAAUACAGCGCCGAUUAUAUAGCUGAACCCAAAUUAACAUUGAAGCGGGCACUUGAUCCAGCUCUCGCCAUUGAAGCAGCAGAUAAGGAUGCUUCAGAGAUAAGGAAGGCAGAUGGUCAGGGAGGGGAUGCUUCUGUCAACAAAGUAGACGUCAAAGUUCAUAAGGGAAGCGAAGUUAAGUGCACUAGAUGGGGUGGCAACCACUACCCCAAAAGCUGUCAUUUUAAAGAUGCCAAAUGGUAUUGCUGUGGUAAAGUUGGCCAUUUAGCUCGAUUAUGCCCAGCUAGAAUGUAAAGGGAAGCAACCGCAGCCAAAUAAUGAGAAGAAAUCCGGCAACUCCGAGCCUACCAAACUUCUUGAAGGUGCCAUGCAAACACAAGGGGAGGAACAGGGUGUGGGUGCAUAUACCUUGUUUAACUUUGGCAGUCAACGCCCAUUAGCCUACGAAGUAAAACUAAGUGUUGCUAGGCAACCCCUUGAAACGGAAAAUGACACGGGGGCCUCCUUGUCUGUGAUUAGCGACGAACUAUACAACUCCCUUUUUUCAGCAGGUAAAGCGCUUCAACUUGUACAGUCAGGAAUUGUCCUUCGCACAUAUACCGAGGAAGAGGUCAAACCUAAAGGAUCUUGUUCUGUGAGUGUGUGUGUUAUGACGGGGUUGAAUACUCCUGGCCACUUUUGGUUGUAGGCGGCAAGGGGCCUGCUUUGCUAGGUAGGAACUGGCUUGAGAAAAUCAAGCUGAGUUGGCCCAUAAUCAAACCACUUUCGUCACACAAUAAGCAACUGGAGGAGAUUUUGCACAAACAUGCUCAGCUGUUCGAGGAGGGGCUUGGAACUCUACAAGGGGCAAAGGCCAAAUCCAUGUUGACCCCACUGCUACCCUUAUCUUCCAUAUAAAGCCAGACCAGUACUGUAUGCUCUGAAGGAGAAAAAUUGAAUAAGACCUAGAAAGACUUGAAAGGGCAGGGACCAUUAAGCCAGUCCAGUAUUCCGAGGGGGCCACCCCGAUUUUCCCUGUCAUGAAGAGUGAUGGCACUGUAAGAGUCUGUGGAGACUAUAAGCUCACAGUUAAUAGAGUGUCAAAACUGGAUGGCUAUCCUAUCCCCAAGCUUGAUGAUCUGUAUACGAAAUUAGUUGGAGGUCAAACAUUUACUGAGCUAGAUUUAAGCCAUGCUUGUGGAUGAGAACUCUAAGGAAUUUUUAACGAUUAACAUACGCAAAGGCCUGUAA